AAUGUGUUAAAUAAUCCCAGUUGUGUGGAUAUUUAGCUUUUUACGAUUAAUGGUAUGCAUGAAAACAAACGUGUUGGCUAUAGCUAAAAGCGGGCACUGAAAAAAUGUUAGCUAGGCCAUCUAAGCUAGUUAUUGUAGCUAAGUGCGAAGGCAAAUUGAAUUUCAUUUAAACUAGCCUUAUCAAAGAUGCACAAAUUGUAGUUAUUUUAACAUACGCUAUGUUUAUCGAACGAAUAUAGUUAACUAGCUAGGCAAACUAACCUGGCAGAUACAGAACAGAAUAACAAGUUAGCAGGUAGCUAACAAGAAGGACCGAUAUCUGUGCCAGAAGAAUUAAACGUAUCUAUUUAGGUUGAAAUAUCAGUGUAGGUUUAUAAUAAUAUAGGUAGAUGGCUAACGCAUCCUGUCUGUUAACAUAAUCCAAAGAACGCGGACGAAAAAACGAAUGUUACAGUAGUUCGCUCAACCUGCCAACUAGGCUCGAGGUCAUCAGUUAGCUAUCUGCUACUAAUUUACUGUAUGAAUUUGUAAACAUGUAUUUUUACGGGAAGGCCAUAGAGUUGUCAUUGACCGCCUUGGACUUGUUUGAUCCUAAUAAAAGUUACUGAUCGUACCAAGCUAAUAAAAAGUAUGGUUCGUUCGUAAAUCUACUCCGAUUUUCACAGCACUUUUAGUUUGAGUGCCAGAGGCCGCGGAAUAAUUGAGAUAUUUACAAACGCCAUUAACUUUGUUAUGACCGGUGUAAGUAAACUUCGGCAAAAGAAACUGAACAAAAUUGUUGCCAUAAAUUUGUCACUAACCCUCAUGGUAACAUUAAAGCACUCUAACAAUCUCUGCUAGGGCGAGUAACAUUUUCAGUAAGGUGUUAUUUCAUUUGUCUUGAAGUAGCUAGCAAACUAGCCAACUUUGGCCAGUUAGCUUGGGUGCUUGACUGCCGUUGAUCAGAACGCUCAGAUCAACCCUACUCCUCGGGCAGAGCGUCCAGUGUGCACGGUGAACGCACUCUGGGACUCCACAGUUCAUUUACGAAGGCACCCUUUCCAAUUCCUGUAUAGCUAGUGUUAUUGUCAGCCAGGAACACACAGAAUGUUGAUCUGCUGUUUGUUUGGCAAGUCUUAUGUGAACCCAAUAGCUGCAUCACGUGCCAAUGGACCCGCACCCAAUGCAGGACCCUCUAUCCAGGAUUACCUGAGCAGACCACGGCCAACAUGGGAAGAGGUGAAGGAGAUCAUAGACAGGAAGAAGAAAGGCUCCAGAGCCCUGGCGGACUUUGAGGACCAAAUGAACGAGAAUUGGAAGAAGGAGCUGACGAAGAACAGAGAGAAGUUACUGGGUGGCGUUGACAAAGACAAGGAGAAAGAGGAGAAGAAAGAGAAAAAGAAGAGAGAGAAAGGAAGGAAAGAAAAAGGAAAGAAAUCCAACAGGCAUUCCUCUCCUUCAUCCUCCUCAUCAAGUUCUGAUUCCUCUAGCAGCUCUUCCUCAGACUCUGAAGACGAGAAUGAAAAGAGCGCCAAAAGGAAAAAGAAGCGGUCCUCCAAGAAAGCAUCGGAUGUCUCUACUGUAGAAUUGGAGCCCGACGGCAAGGGUGAGAAGAGCCGCAGGAAGAAGAGGAAAGCUGAGCGAAGUCGUAAAGACUCCUUCUCAGAGUUGUCCGCUGACUCCGACAUGGAGGUUGGUGAACCCAAGAAGAGGAAGAGAAGUAGUGAAGAGAAGGAGAAAGACAAAAUGACAGCAGUAGGACAAAUCAAAGAAGAAGAGGAAAAAGAAGCACAAGAAACACAAAGGAAGAAGAAAAAAACAUCUGACGCAGAGUUAGACUAGCGGUGUUGCUCUGUCCACUAGUAGAGAGCUUCUGCCUUCCAACUACCAACAAAUCCCACCUGGGCUGCCCCCAUGACUGGGGUAGUUGGUGCACUAUGGGAACUGCUGGCUUGGGAGUAUUAAACUAAUACCGCGUUCAAAACAACUGGGAACCUGGGGGGGCGGGGGGGAAACAAGCUCGUUUUGAACGGUCAUCCAACUCGGAAUUCCAAGUCGGAAACUCGGGCAUCUUUCGAGAACUGACUUUCCGACCUGAAGAUCACGGACGUUAUGAUUUGGCCUCGUUUAUUUUCUGAGUUCCCAGUUGUCUUGAAAGCAACAUAAGGACUGGUGAACUAGAAUCAAAAUCUGAAAACGAAUUUUUGUUAGAGUUUUUAUCCAAUCUAAAUAAACGUCAAUAAGGAAACCACAAGUCGUCAAGUGUGGCCCAACUGAACUGAAAUGUGCCUAUGAAAAUGUACUUCCAUUUUGUACACGCUUGGUAUGCUGGCCUUCUAUGUAUAAUUUUUACUUGACAAUCUCAUCUUUCUGAAACUGCAUCGCUAGUUACACAAUGAGGUAAUUUUGGGACUUUUAUGCCUGUGCCAUGAUGCGUGUAAUCUGAUAUGAUGGACACUUCUCUUGCCAUCCUCAUAAAUUGGGAUUCUAAAAAUACAAGUCAAAUGGUCAUAAUCACAAGGGACAAUCUGUUAAAUGUAAUGAGUUAUACAACUAUGAAUGAUAUCAAUAAAUUAAUCUGGUUUCAUUAUUAAAGUUAAUGUUUUAGCCAUAAUAUUGUUAUUUUUAGUGGAUGGAUGAUGAAUGAUUCACAUUUAAACUUUUCAUCCAGGACGCAUCAUGAAAUACUGUACAAUUUUGAUAAGGAAAAGUCCCUAAAUGUAUGACUUACUGUACGGUACCAGUCAAAGGUUUAGACACACCUACUCAUUCCAGGGUUUUUCUUUAUUCUGACUUUUUCCCACAUUGUAGAAUAAUAGUGAAGACAUCAAAACUAGGAAGUACCACAUAUGGAAUCAUUUAACCAAAAAAGUGUUAAACAAAUCUAAAUAUUUUUGAGGUUCUUCAAAGUAGCCACCCUUUGCCUUGACAGCUUUGCACAUUCUUGGCAUUCUUUCAACCAGCUUCAUGAGGUAGCCACCUGGAAUGCAUUUCAAUUAACAGGUGUGCCUUAAAUAAUUUGUGGAAUUUAUUUCCUCCUUUAUGUGUUUGAGCCAAUCAGUUGUGUUGUGACGAGGUAGCACACUCAGACAUAAUUUACAAAUGAAGCAUUUGUGUUUAGUUAGUCCGCCAGAUCAGAGGCAGUAGGGAUGACCAGGUAUGUUCUGAUAAGUGUGUGAAUUGGACCAUUUUCCUGUCAAAAUGUAACGAGUACUUUUGGGUGUCAGGUAAAAUGUAUGGAGUAAAAAUAACAAUUUUCUUUAGGAAUGUAGUAAAGUACAGAUACCCCAAAAACCUACUUUAGUACUUUAAAGUAUUUUUACUUAAGUACUUUACACCACUGUAAAAGACCGAGUCCAUAUUAUGGCAAGUACAGCUCAAAAAAGCAACGAGGAACAACAGUCCAUUAUUACUUUUAAAACAUGAAGGUCAGCCAAUAGCCUCAGAAAUUGCAGCCCAAAUAAAUGCUUCAGAGUUCAAGUAACAAACACAUCUCAACAUCAACUGUUCAGAGGAGACUGUGAAUCAGGUCUUCAUGGUCAAAUUGCUGCAAAGAAACCACUACUAAAGGACACCAAUAAUAAGAGACUUGCUUGGGCCAUGAAACACAAGCAAUGGACAUCUGUCCUUUGGUCUGAUGAGUCCAAAUUUGAGAUUUUUGGUUCCAACCGCUGUGUAUUUGUAAGACAGUAGGUGAACGGAUGAUUUCCGCAGGUGUGAUGGUGUGGGGGUGCUUUGCUGGUGACACUGAUUUAUUUAGAAUUCAAGGGACACUUGAUCAACAUGGUUAACACAGCAUUCCAUCUGGUUGGCGCUUAGUGGGACUGUCAUUUGUUUUUCAACAGGACAAUGACCCAACACCUCCAGGCUGUGUAAGGUCUAUUUGACCAAGAAGGAGAGUGAUGGAGUUCUGCAUCAAAUGACCUGGCCUCCACAAUCAUCCAACCUUGGACUGCAGAGUGAAGGAAAAGCAGCCAACCAGUGCUUAGCAUUUGUGGGAACUCAAAGAAUGCCAAGAGUGUGCAAAGCAGGUAUCAAGGCAAAGGAUGGCUACUUUGAAGAAUAUAAAAUCUAUUUUGAUUUGUUUAACACGUUUUUGGCUACUACAUGAUUCCAUAUGUGUUAUUUCAUAGUUUUGAUGUCUUCACUAUUAUUCUACAAUGUAGAAAAUAGUAAAAAUAAAGAAAAACCCUUGAAUCAGUAGGUGUGUCAAAACUUUUCACUGGUACUGUAUGUCAAUGCAACAUCAUUUGGCCAGGGUCAUGAAAUAUACAGUUCCUAGAGAAAGUAUUCACACCCCUUGACUUUUUCCAUAUUUUGUGGUGUUAUUCCUGAAUUUAAAAUGAUUUAAUUGAGA